GACGGGAACAGGCCAACGAAACAAAAAGGGAGAAGCAGAAAGACACUCGACCCCGAGGAUUCCUCUGUGUUUGGAGAGACAAAGGGAGGAAGGCGAGGAAGGAGAAGAUGAGGAGCGCUCUCUUGAGGCGUCUGCUUCUCGGUUCUGCCAGGCAAGCGCCAUCUCCCUCGCACGCCCCCCGUUCUACCGUCCCUUGGGCAUUCAACGCCACACGUACUGCGGUUUCGGCGGCGGUGGCGGACGAAGAAUCAGAAUGCGUAGUGUUCCCGAGGGAGGGGCCUGGGGUCUCUUAUGGACUUAAUUGGGCACUUGCUGGAAGAGGCGUCAUAGUGAAAGAGAAAGCUUUCCACAAUUUGAAGUCUUAUGACCUUCAUAAGAAUGGCGCUGCUGCCGUAGAUUCUGUAAAAGGUGUUCCAGUAUUUGUUAGGGGAAGUUUCUGUAAGGAGGACAAGGAGAUUACAAAGGCACAGUUUGGUAAACUUUUGAAACAAGUAACUGCUCAUAUUUCCUCAGUCUCAAACGUUUUUGUUCAUGAUGGAGGUAUUGGAUCAUCUUCAAAGAGUGACGCUAAAGUGCGUGUUAUAAGCGAUCAUGCUUCAGCUGAUUUAAUGUUUUCUAACAUCCUUUGGAGAGUUCCUACUCGAGCAAUCUCCCAUGAUUCUUGUCCUGUGACUGUAUAUGUCGCAUCCUCCAUAAGCCCAGCUGCCGGGGAACUACUUGGCCUUGGAUCACAACCUAAUGCUGGUUUCAUAGCAGCUGAUUUUGAUCGUUCAUCCCUCAUUUUGUGCGGCAAAGCUUUUGCAGACAACAGUGGUGUUAAAGAUGCACUAGCUGCUUUGGCUGCUCCCACCGUAUUUGCAAGAGGUGGCCUCCCUCUUUCUGCAAGGUUGCUGGUAGUUGGUGACUCUGUGGUUCUGCUAUUUGGUUCGAAAGAUACCAUCCAAAACUGCACAGAGCUGCAUAAGCUGAUGGUUGCCAAGGAUGAGGGUGUUGUGUUAUCUUCUCAUGGCGUGGCACCUCUAUUUAGAACAAAAGAUGCUACUGCACCAAACCUUUACAAACAGCCAGCUUCUGUCAUCAUUACUUCUGCUGAUCCAUCUGGUGUCCUUCCUUCAAUAUCAAAACUCUCACCAGGCCAAGCAGCAUAUCACUUUCUGGCUGGCUACCAGAGUGGAAAAUUCAUGCCAGCAUAUCAUGAUCAAUUUUUGUCUCUUGACCCAUUAGAGCUUGCUAAGAGACUCUCAACCCAGUUGCAGAACAGUGAGAUUCCAUCAUAUCUAAUCAAUGUUAGUGAAGGAGAAAAACAUGUCGCUGGCAAGGAACUUCUUAAGUUAGUGGAGUCAACACUCUCAAAGGGUGCUCGACCAAGUGGCCAAAGAAAGGCAUCUGAUUCUGUUGCUGCAGAACUCCAAACAAAGUACAAGGACUACAUAUCCAGCAAAUACCCUGAAUUACCUGAAGAGCUUGCCUUCUAAUUUUGGAUGCUCUUGUACGCAUUUCUUACUUGUUGACCUUAUUUUUGGUUCCAGUAAUAAAGUGUAUGUUUCUCAUGCAUUAUCAACUGGUGCUGUUGGAGCUGCCACUUCUGGCAUGUCCAAAAAAUUCUGUUUAUCGUUGAAUCCCCAAUAGUUGCUAAAAAGAAAUAGUUUGUAUAGUGUUCA